UCACGUCCGUCACCACCCCUCCGACGGUGGCCGAAGGGCCGCGGCGGCCGUGGUGAUGUUGCUUCCCCCUGCACUAUAUUCCCGCCUGGCCGGGGAGCCAGGGGCAGCCGAACCGCUGCCCGUGGAGCGGAACCCUGCGGCUGGGGAGGCACCCUUCCGAUUCGCGCCGCGUGCCGUGCGCUUCCCGCGGGAUCACGAAUUCUUCGAGGAUGGGGAUGUGCAGCGGCACCUGUACUUGCAGGACAUGCUCACGCAAGUGUCCGAGACGCCGGAAAAAUCCAUGGUGCCUGAGUUCACCUGUCAGGUGGCUGGCUGUUGCCAAGUGUUUGCCGCCAUAGAAGACUACCAGCACCACUACCACAUGAUGCACGGAAACACCUGCUCCUUCUGCAACCGUGCCUUCCCCUCCGGGCAUUUGCUGGAUGUCCACAUCCUGGAGUGGCACGACUCUCUGUUUCAGAUCCUGGCCCAGAGGCAAGACAUGUACCAGUGCUUGGUUGAAAGCUGCCCAGAGAAGUUCAAGACCAGCCAAGACCGGAAGGAUCACAUGGUGAGGCUACACCUGUACCCUGCGGAUUUCCGAUUUGAUAAGCCCAAGACGAACAGAGGCCCAGCCAUGCCAGCUGUAGCAGAUGCAGCAACCAGAGCCCGGACAGAUGACAGUGACGCCAUGGAGAUCUGCUCUGAGCCCGCUGCCCCACCUCCCUGCAGGCGGACCUACAGUCACAGAAUACCUUCUACUGUCUGUUUUGGCCAGGGUGCAGCCAGAGGAUUUAAAAGCACCAAGAAAAAAAACAAACACCACUGAUGGAUCCUGGCGAGGAAAGCCAGACAGACUUUCAGGGAGUGGUGUGCCAGGGCCUUUCUCUCACUUCUGGAUCAAUGCCCUGAGCUGGACCCUUGUCACCUCCUUAUUUCCAUCUCUGGUCACUUGAAGCAACCAAUACAUAGAAACUCAGAAUCUGCAGGUUCCAGAAAUAACCAGGACACACUGAAGGACAGAGAUGGAGAGGUCACCUACCUGCUCUGCAGUGGCUACUCUAAGAAUGUCACUAUUAAGCAUAUGUAAUAAAUUCUUUUUCACUGAUG